UGUGCCGCCGCUCUGACCCGCUGUCAGUUGCCCGAGCCCUGUGCUACGGUUAGGACCGUGCAAUCGUCACCUUUUAACGACCACGAGCACGUAACUCGCGCGAUCUUAACCCUCCCACCGAAAUAACGACCGGGCUUCCUCUUGUCGCCGCGUCGUUUAAUCGUUCGUCCUGUUUAAUCUUCCCAUCGCGAUCGAAACGGAAAUCACGAUCUGUUGGCUACCGCGAACAGAGAGGUGUUCGAUCUUGGUGGUCAAGCAUUCGUUGACCAAACUGUUCCGAGCCGAUACUCUCUCGUUGAAUAACACACACGCUCCGAGUAUUUUCCUGGAUGAUCAUCGCGAUACGUGUUGGAGUUGAAUAGAAGCCGUUUCGAAUAUCGUGGUGGUUUUGUGAUGGAAAAGUGAUCGGAGGUUAAUCGAGGGAGUAAGCUCGACGAAGCGGUGGACCGCAUGCUUCGCUGACCAAGUCUCAGGAUGAUCUGGUAGAGGAGGCGGCUGGUGGUUUGAUCGCGAGAAAUGGCGUGCGGAAUAUCUUUCCGAACGACUGCCACGAGCACGGUACUUUUCCUCCUGGUACUGCUGCAGGCGGCACUGGUGUGGGACGAAGUACACAGCGCUCCAGCGAAAAGGAACGACAUCCUAGCGGGCACGGAAUUUCUGUCAGUCUUCAUAAACGGCGCCAUGGCGACGCCACCCCAGCGACGCAGAGGUUUCAGACGAGGAGGACACACGACGACGGUCGGGGACAGCGCGACGGCAGAGUCGCAUCAACACGAGGCUUCUAUUUACCGGAUAUCUCGAAAUCCAGCCAACAGACAGGUCGUUCCAAGAGCGCGGAACACCAGUGGCCGAGAAGAGGUCGUCCGGUUCUACCCUAUAAGUCACAAAACGCUCGAGAAUAGGCAACAGAAUCUAGCCUCGUUGAUCGAUGAAUUGGGCACCAGCAGCGAUAUAUCGUCCACGAGACUAACGCCGCAAAGUUCCAGCACCACGGUCACCUCGGUGGCAUCCAGAGAAAAGUCAUCGAGAACGAACGCUACCAGUAACGCGCCCAACAAGCCAGUCAGUCGGCAAAAGGUCAUAGGCGUCAGUGUGACAUCCACAGUUGAAGCGACACCGUACAAGGUCAGAGUGGAGCAUUACGACGGUAGCGACGCGACUGUCGUCACCCCGUCUCCAAGAUCAGCCAGCAGUUCUCUGAGAGAAUCGUCGAAAGACACCAGAAGCACCACAGUCAGGUCUCUCACCGUGAGAACGAGUCCUAGCAGCACUACUAUUAGAACAACGACAGUCCCAACAAAGACGUCGACAGUGAUACCAUCGUCUUCCAGCUUCGUUACGGAAGAGCUCAGCAACAUUGUAUCCGAAUCGAACAGGAGUGAGUUUUCCGUCGACGAAGGUUCACCGAGUACCAGCUGGCGGAGCCAGGGUGCAGUGACCCCUGGACCAGCAGCGAGACACACCGCUACCUACGGCGACCAGCAAACAGAGACGAACCUCACCUCGUCUAACUCUCAGGAGGACAUGAUAACCCUUCCUACGGAAGAGAACUACGAACUCCCCGAAGAAGACUCGGAACCGAAGGAGUACAACGAAGAACCCGUCGAGGAACGCUUCCAGGCUCAAGGUCGAAAGGCUGGCAGACACUACGACGCUUCCCAGUACAAUCGACCCGGUUCCAAAAUCUACUCUCAACCCUCGAAGAGCUACAAAUCGCCCAGACCCUACGAGCCAGCGAAGCUGUACAACGAACCGGCGAAGGUGUACGGGGAACCUGAGAAAGUGUACGGGGAACCAGCGAAGGUGUACAGCGAGCCUGCCAAGGUUUACAGCGAACCAGCGAAAGUGUACGGGGAGCCAGCCAAGGUGUACAGCGAGCCUGCCAAGGUCUACGGCGAACCUGAAAAAGUGUACUCGGAACCGUCCAAGGUCUAUUCGGAGCCGGCUAAGAUAUACUCGGAGCCUGCUAAGGUUUACUCGCAACCCGCCAAAGUGUACAGCGAGCCUAGCAAGAUUUACGACUCCGAAGGUGAGCCAUUGAAUCAGCAACGAGCCGGUGAACCCGAACAGAACUACGAGGUGGACGAAUCGGUCAGUGUGAGCAGUAACGGGAACGUUCACGGGCCUCAAUUGAUUCUUAACGAACCCUCGAACGCUUCGGAAGUCGAGGACGGCCACAAAGUCGGUUACGUGGUCGAGGGAAGGAACUACAGGAAGUACAGGGUCGAGGAAAGGACUCCGGAUGGCUUCAUCGUUGGGGAAUACGGUGUGGUUAGCCACGAUGAUGGCUCGUUGAGAGGUGUACGGUACACAGCCGACGGGACCAUCAAUCCUCGACUGAUUUACGACGCAUUGAUGAAGUUCCUUGCUCUGUAAGAGAAUCAUUGGACGGGGAUGAUUGUAGAUUUGUACGGAGGCGGGUCGACCAGUCGCGUUGCUUUGCUCGAUGAUACGGGGAUGAAGUAAAUAUAGAAACGACUGAUUUUUUUUUACUGCUCUAAUGAUCGGAUGAUCAUUUAGGACAGGCCUGUCUAACUGCUAGAAGCGAAAGAACCAUUGCUCCCACUCUUAACGCUUCAGACUUCCCCCACCAUCCAGUAGUGUCGGUAGUUUCUCGCUAGAUGCUAUAUCUGCUAGGAUUAGGAAUACGCGUCAAAUAUUGGAAGAGUGGGGGGAGCCGAGCGCGAGCUGCGUGGUGGGGGAAGGAGUCACGAGUGGCCCGCGGGCCGCAGGUUAGACAGGCCUGAUUUAGGAGUUAGGAGUUAACGAAUUUAGGUCGAAAGUUAAGAAUGGGUUUUUGAUGGUAAAAGUGACGAGAAUUUAAUUAAUAAAAUAAAAUACUGUUCCCUCGAUUCAGAAUUUCACAUACUGAGCAAUCUUUUUGAAUUCAAUGUCAAAUCGGUAAGAGUAGUUCUAAUAAGUCAGCUGGUCGAGCUGGUUAAUGCCGAUAGCAAUCUUCGUCACUGAGCUGUUUCUGCGGCUUGGAAAAGGUCACAGUGAUCCUCACGCUGGUCUCGCGACCGACUCUUUCAUCAGAGAGCUUGAAAUUAUAAAGGAUACGGAGUUGAACAGUAUUUAUGAACAACCAUGAGAAUACUAAAAAUUCAUGAAGAUCGUAGUCAUUAAUUUAGAGCAUACAACUCACUGUACAAUUAUAGAGUUUUAUUGACUGGAUAAUUUUCCUAUCGAACAAAAAUAAUUUCUAAUUUUUUUAACCGACUUCGAAAAAAGAGGUAACUCAAUUCGAUUUCUUUUUAGGUACUGUACAAAUUGAUAAAUAUUUUUCAUUUAGAAGUGCAGCAGUAAAUUAAAAUGAUAAUUAAUCACUGAACCCGUACAUAGCAAACGUAUGAUUCCGAGUGAUACCUUCAGAUUUUUAUCGAUCGUAUAUAUCCGCCCUUAGCUUUCUAAGGGUUAAUAAUCAUCGAAGAGCUCGUUCGAAGCAACGCGACGAGAUCGACCAAACGAAAAAUAAAAAUGACUGAUUCCUUCGCUCUUGCCAACGCAGCUGCCUCAACGAUUAAUUUUAAGGACUCUAACCACGGUGGCGAUCUGGGAUCUAAAAAAUUCAACGAUAAAACGUAUAAUUCCCUGUUUUGGGCGUCGAAGCACGUGUGCAUCCUAUCGAGCUGAGUGCUCGCUGGACGAUUCGAUCGGGGAAUUCGAAAUGACGCUCGUCCAUUGUGAAACUUGACAAAUGAAAGUGACUGCUCUGGGUGGCGAAAGUAUAUACGAACUUUUCUGUGCUACCAGAGAUGGCCUUUUCAGUGACUCCUUCAUCGAGGAACAUUUCUUUUCCCUUCGUUCGUCUAGCGAUUGCGUUCCACGUCAUGUGGAGAUCCUCGAUCGUGGCUCCUCGUAGUUGCGUCAUUUUUGUGAUCGCGUUAACCCUUUCGCUGCGAAACAUUUACACUUAUAAGUAAAAGUAGUAAUAGAGGUCUUUAGGGUAUUUUUUAACACCCUGUAUAUUAUAAUAGAUUGAAUUAUGGUAUAGUAAAUUAUCAAUUGAAAAAUCGUUUAUUUUAAUUAACAUCUAUUGAAAAACUUUGGUAAUGAAUUUUAUGAUCACCACGAAAGGAAUACUGCAGCGAAAGGGUUAAACGCAAAAAAUAUUUUUCCUCGAGUGUUACGAUUAGAAAUAGUAAUUGAGAGAUGGCACGGUGUCUUGUUUGGUUACUAUUGCUUAUUUCGAUAUUGAUUCUUACGACGGCACACUUGCCACCUUUUUUAUUUAACAAUUUAAAAAAAAAAUCAUCGCUUGCAGUUAAAAAUUUCGUUUCCUGAAAUUAAGUGGAAAGUAGCCAAUUUCAAAUGCAAUUCAAUUUUGAAAUACCUUUUGUUAAAUAUAAUACAGCAUGUUCGAUAAUUUUAGUUAUUUUUCGAUAAUAGAAACUACAUAAAUUGCAAGAAGCAAGUGACCAAUAUCAAUUAGCAAACUGCUCGCCGCGUAAAAUUGUAAAACAAUUACAAGAAAUGGAGCAACGAAAGAUCUUUAAAAAUGAAGAAUCUACUGAACGACUGGUCGCGUGUUUUCGUCAUGGCGACGCUUCUGUGAUGAAAAUGCUUAUCGAGAAGUCACAGCUGCCAGGGCCUCCCCCUUUUCGAAUUUCCCUUUAAUUAUAAGCUUAUUUAAUUCGAUUCAUUUAGCGUUAGGUAUUAGAAGGCUCCGCAGCUGCGAUGGACUUGCUGACUUGUCACGGCAGCGUAUCUGUGCCCCUUAAGUUUAGUAAUCUUCUUCGAAGUUUCUAAGACAUUCCCGCGUUAAGGAACUGUAGCUCACUCGACGAGAAAGCCGUAGAACGUAAGACGAUAUUAUUAUUUUAUUUCGAGUUAACCCUUUCGCUGCGGGCAACGUAUAAUUACAGUCAAUAAUUAGUGUGUUGUUUAGUAUACACAUUAAUUCAACAUUUUAAAUUACAAUCUGUACGAUUCGUCUUUGACCUUUGUUACUAUUCUCAUUCAUUUCAUUUGUACUCUGAAUGAUAUUCAUUUUUGCAAAAAAAAUGUUUCUUUUUCUUCCAAUAUUGUAUAUUUAAUUAAUAUCGAAUUACAAUAAAAUAGAGCGUUAAAAUAAUUAACUUUCGGACGGCGGACCAUGGAGAAAGGCCUAAUUUGAAGUUACCUUUGUUUUCAAUUUUUAUUUUCUAAAUUUUACACUGUUCCUUGUAUUCAUUUUUCAAGUUUCGGUCUAGAUUGACCCAGAAGAGGGUUUAAGGGUUAAAAGAAAAUUAUUCGCCAAAUAGUAGUGAUUGAUUAUUGAUUAUUUGUAUGAUAUAGACCGUAGCUAAAGGGUUAAAUAGCUCAUUCUUCCUCAUUACCUCAAUCUUUGAGAUAGUUCCUCCUGCCAUUUAAACGAAACGUAUCAUACGCGUACUCACCUUAAAUUAUACACGAUAUUUCGAUCGUUCCCAUGUGCAUGCGCUCAAACUUGACCCCCCAAACGACAAUUGAGAAGCGAUUUCGAUCGCUGAUUUUCGAAACAUCGUUCGUUCGAAUGUUGCUCACCCUCGUAGAUUAAGUGCGUGUUCGUUGUCUUUACCUUUUGCAUGUAAGCGAUUAAACUAUUCCGAUAUGUUACAAGUGAUAUCGUUUAUUCUAAGGACUUCAUUACGUUACGCGUACAUCGUAGUCUAAUGUUUAUUAUUCAAAUGAUUAUGUAUAGCGCUGUGCAACCAUUGUCAUUUCUCGAA